GGAAAAAUAAGUAGUAAAAUAGACUUCAAAGUUUUGUUUAGCGAGUGUUCAGAGAUAAAUCCAGUACUGAAUCGUUUGUACUCAGUGCGUAUAAUUACUGAAAACCAAAGUAUGAUGUAAUGUGCAGUCUGUACUAAACUACUCUCGACGUCUGUUUUUCAGUUAUUCAGCUCGUCGUGUUCAGCGAUUAAGAAAUGCCAGCUGAUCUGUCUAAGAUAGACGACGGGGCCCUUAAACCCGGUUUUGAUGCGUAUGGAAAAUUUGGAGACAAGAAUUUCAGCGGAAACAAUAUGGCUCUAAAAAAUGCGGAUAAAUGGUUGAAGGAAGCUGAUGUUUUGGGAAAGAAAAUCACGACAACCGAUACCAGUAUAACGUUUAAAAAAGUUGUUGGGAACUCUGAAAAAACGAUGACCUUUGACAAAUUCAAGCAGUUUCUUGGAAUACUGGCAGAAACCGCUAACAAAGACGAUCCUACUGGUGAACUGCAAAAGAUCGUCGGAAAGCUCCAGAGCCGUUCGAGUCCGGGAACCACUAAUACUACUACCGUAAGUGACGUCGGCGGUGUUGAUCGCAUGACCGAUACGAGCAAGUACACCGGCAGUCACAAGGAGCGAUUUGAUGCCGAAGGAAAAGGCAAAGGAAUUGCUGGAAGAGAAGAAGUUGCAAAGAAUGAUGGCUAUGUUGGGAAUUACAAGGGCGCAGGAACUUACGAUAAGGACAAGCCUAAAUGAAACCCUUGCAGGAUGACGUGCUCUUGCUGUGCUGGGCAGUGCAUUUAUGAAUUACCUGAAUGGUUAUUCAGAUAGCACAGUUCUGUGAUUUUGCCUUUAAUGUAGUACAAUAUGGGUCUUGUGGGAGGUAGUGCUCAUAAUAGGUACAACUAACCUAUUAACGAUAAAAUUUAAUUGUGUUGUCUUAAGUGGAACGCACCAAUGCAUAAAACAAUCUUCACAGUAAAAAGUUGCAAGUGAA